GUUACUACCCACCUCUGAUUAUAGGCUAAUAAAAAGCCUUCCCUUCAUAGACCAUGGAUAAAAGCCAGACUAUUCAACGGUCCAGCCGAAAUGUGAGACAGGGGACAAAGACUAUACAUGCUGUGCAGUCCCGUAAAGAGGGAAUGCCAGGUUAAGAUCCCCGUGAGAGAUUCUACACUCAAACCUACACAGGCAGAGAAAACAUCAACCGUGGUCAGCUCUGCUGUUAGGAAUUGUGGAACUGCCCACCAGCUGGACACAGCAGACACCAGUUGCUCCCGCACAGAUGAAGAUGAUGAGGAACUGACAAAGAUGAAGCAGUUAUGUAGAGACCUAAGUCAGAAGCUGAGGACCACACAGCUACUCGUUACCAUCAGUGGUGGACGACCUGUUAUAAGUCUCAGGCCACCACCAGAACUGGUCAACUUCUCAUGCGGCAUCCGCUGGCCAAUAGAGUGUGAGGUCAUCAGCGACAUUAUCCAUCACAUAGAGUGGGACCCACCAGAGCCAGAGCCCUUCUAUCAGUGCACAGGAUAUGAGAGGACACCCAUGCCAGUCGGAGAGGAGAGGGGGAAGGUGGUAUUCUGCAUUGACCAUGCUGCUAAGCACCCAUAUUUCACCUACUCUCGUAUUGGAGGAAGCAGAGAACCCAUUAAGCAAGCCACUUUUUAUGAUGUCAGUCAGUCAGAGCUGACUCUCAAGUUUGAGUCACGGUUUGAGAGUGGGAACCUUCAGAAGGCCGUCCAAGUGGGUGCCUAUGACUAUGAGCUGACCCUGCGCACAGACAUGUACACAACAAAGCACACGCAGUGGUUUUACUUCAGGGUCAGGAACACAAAAGCUGGCGUCACCUACCGCUUCACUAUCAUUAACUUGAUGAAGAGGAGCAGUCUGUAUUCACAGGGUAUGAAACCACUCCUGUACUCUGAGAGGGAUGCUGAAGAGAAUGGUGUUGGAUGGAAACGCGCAGGUUCAAAUAUCAAAUACUACCAGAACUGCAGUCAGAAUACAAAGGACAACAACAGUGAUGGCAUCACCCUUUACUCACUCUCCUGGACACUCCAGUUCCCUUAUGAUUCAGACACCUGCUACCUGGCCCACUGCUACCCCUACACAUAUUCACGCCUGCAGCGCUACCUUAGCCGAAUUACUUCCAACCCUACAGUUAGGUCAUACUGCAAAGUACGGGUCUUGUGCCAAAGUCUUGCUGGAAACGCUGUGUAUGUGAUAACAGUAACACCCCAGGACUCUAACAGAAUGGACGACAAGACCAAGAAGGCUGUGGUGGUGACAGCCAGGGUGCACCCAGGAGAAUCCAAUGCAUCCUGGAUGAUGGAGGGAUUCCUGAACUUUCUUCUUGGUGACUCAGAUGAUGCUCAGCUUCUCAGGGACACUUUUGUUUUUAAGGUGGUCCCAAUGUUGAACCCAGAUGGUGUCGUGGUGGGUAACUACCGCUGCUCUCUUGCAGGCAGGGACCUCAACAGAAACUACAGGACACUGCUCAGAGAUUCCUUUCCUUCUGUGUGGCACACCCGAAACAUGGUGGAAAAAUUACUGGCCGAAAGAGAUGUAGUUCUUUACUGUGAUUUUCAUGGUCACAGCAGAAAAAACAAUGUCUUCAUGUAUGGCUGCAAAAACAAAGCUGACUCUACACUGAAACUUCACGCGAGAGUCUUUCCACUAAUGAUGAGCAAGAAUGCUAGCAAUAAGUUCUCCUUUAACAGCUGUAAAUUCCGGGUGCAGAAGAGCAAAGAGGGCACAGGACGAAUCGUCAUGUGGAGACUUGGCAUCAAAAACAGCUACACCAUGGAGGCCACCUUUGGAGGCUCCACUUUGGGCGACAGGAGAGGAACACAUUUUACUACUCAAGACUUGAAGUCCCUGGGUUUUCACCUGUGUGACACCCUCCUGGACUAUUGUGACCCUGAUCCAAUAAAGAUCACUUACUGUCUGACAGAAUUGGCAUUGCUGCAAAAGGAGUUCAGAGAAAGACUGGGCAAAGAUUUGGGCAACAGCUCUGACAUCGAAACCAGCACAAGUGGCUCAGAUAGUUCAGAUUCAGAAGGACUCCCACUUCAUUUGCUGAACCAGCCAGAAACAUAUACAGAGCAAACUCCAGUGACGAAAAAAAAGAAACACUUCAGGAGUCAUAAAGAGAGGAAUAGACGACGACCAAACAGAGUAAAAAACAAAACACAGCAAAAGGAGUCUGACGUGCCCCCUGACAAAACAAUCAAAGAGCGCGUCCAAAAGAGGCCUGCUGAACGCCACAGGAAGAAACCUCACGUAAACACUCUGAUGAGAAAAGGUCCUACAAUCACUCACCAUGGUGAGGUCAGUCAGGUGAGGCUGUGGCAGGGCUGCAAGCAUGUAAAGGAAAACUCAGAUCUACGUUACAGUCCAGAACCACGCCCACUUCACAGCAAAUACACCGGUGCUUCACCCCACAAAGGUGAUUCGGACAUGGAGACAGGACGGCCGGGACACUCCUCUCCCCCACUGAACCUCAGGGCUCUCAUUCCACCGUCAUCAAAAAUCAUAAAGUCCAGCCAGCAUCAACAUCACUGCCACCGCCAGCCUUUUACCCCCUACAAAUUCUACAAAGGGCUGCCACCUUUGCUUACAUCAGCCCACGGAUCUCCCAAAUUCACCUAUGUGAAUAUGUCUCCAGAAAUUACUCCAAGAAGGCAUCUACUGACAAGUUUCAACAACAACAAAUUCAGUGGCCGGCACAUUUUUAGAGACAGCUCUUCAUGGCUCUCACAUUACGUUGAUGCAAAAGACACCUCACGCACAGAAAUGACCGAGACCAAAUGGUAUAAAAGGGAAGAAGACAAUUCCUCAGAAGUGGAUUCAUCACUGUUCAGACAUGAUGUUCAGGACCUGAAAGCUCAUACUCGUGACACCUCCCUGAAGGAACCCGAUUCAUGCAGAUUUUUUGUGCCUGUGCUUAGGGACCUAACAGGAAUAAGAAAAAGCAACGACAAAAGACACAGGGGUAUUUUACCUUCAUCCCCCAUGAGAGAGCAACUUCCACGUCCACAGAGUGACACAGUCAGCGUGCUUCAGGCUAAGGACAUUAGGCUCUAUCACUUUGGAGAAGAAAGCCAUACAACUGUGACUCCACGAGAAGUAACGGUCAAAAGGACAUCACAGUCAGCCUUGCACAAGCGAAAACCUCUAAUCUGAGAAGUACACACUUAAUUUAUUCACUGGUCAGUGAUGGAAUUUUUUUUCUUUUUUACUUCAACAGUUGUUUACAAAAGAAACCCUAGAAAAAAAUACUCAGUAUGGAUCAGAGGGAAGGGAAAACUCCAGGAAUAGUUAAAAAUGCCUCUUAUUAAACAUGAAAUAAAUAAAUUGACUCUGAAUUUAAU